AUGGCUUAUGCAAUUGCACACCAUGGAAAGUUCGUGAUCCUUGAGAUACAUAUGAGCGGAGGUAAAGUAAUCUGGUGCCGAAGGGACUCGUACCGGUACAUCAAGGAGUACGGUGGCAAGCCCUCUAUGCCAUUGAUGCCUAUCAAUGAGGCUGAGGCAUCACGCUGUUUCGAUAGACAAUUCAUCAUCCCCGUGUUCCCAUACACCGCCGGGCAUAUCAAUCUCUCACUUGGCUCUGGCGGUGCGCAAAUGACUUGCCGCCGGGCCUCCCGAGUAAGUAAUGCUCUGUGGGGUGAGCGAAAUGUGCAAGAGAGUCGUUUCGCCGCGGCGAAGUCGCUGUAUCUUUGUGAGAAGGCCAUCAGCGACGGCGAGCUUGGCGCACAUGAGCAGGUCCACGAGCUCACGCGGACGCUACUAGGUUACGAGCUGGACAUUGAGAGUACGCUUCUAACAGCACUGAGGGAAGAUCAAUAUGGGAGUUCUCAUGGCGAGGUCAAGAAGAUGGCGGCGGUUGAGGUCGACUUGAGUGAAACAGCGGGUUAG